AUGGCGCUCAAACCCGUCAAAUCUAAACCAAAGCACGCGUCUUCCCUAAUGACACAUAACAUAACCCCCACUUCGGCAUGCGAUGACACCACCGCAAAUGGAAGACCGACGAAGCAGGACCCGCGACCGAGAACGAGAAAGGCGCAGCCGCGCCAGGCGCAGCCGUUCGAGACGCAGCCUCGGGAGGAGCAGCCGCAUCACCGCGGAUGGAACGAGAAGCAGCAGGCGCCGCAGCAGGUCACGUUCGCGCCGCAGCCGGUCGCAGACGCGGCUCAGUUCGUCACAUGCACACCGGAGCCCCGCGCGUCCGCGCCGCAGCCGCAGCCGCUCGCGCCGCAGUCGCACGCGCUCGCGACGCAGCCGCAGCCGCUCGCAGUCGCGCCGGCACCGUCGCAGUCAGCCGAGGUAUUGUGA